CGUUCAGCGGUGCGGACGUUACACCGCUUUUGUGUCGCGGCUAUAAAUUUCGCGAGAUUGCCGGAAGUGCGAUUCGGCACCUCCGGCCGAACAUUCGAACGUCUGUCCCGUCCCGUUUUCCCGGGUACUCGUUCGGUGUACGCGAUCGGGUUCGCGGUGCUUGGUGAUCGUUCGAAAUCCAAUCCUGGACGCUCGAACCGCGCGCGGCCGCUAAAGGGGAAUUAUCGUUCGAUUGCUCCGGUAAUUUCGGAGCGGGAGACGUGAAACCUGUUGUUACGACAGUGCAGUACUGUUCGCGGCGUCACUCCUUCGGAACGUUUUUCUCGAAAGAUCCGCUCGGGUGAAGCGAGCGACUUUAAGCUACGCCCGGCCGGCGCGCGGCGCCUGUAUUAAAGGGAGAUAUGCCCGAAGCAGCGACGGCAAACGACUGACAGGCCACGCUCCGUGGAAUCGCAGCCCGUUUUUCGGAGCGCCCUGGUCGACCUAUGUCGGAGUGAUACUCCAACGUCGUCGUCCGGUGACGAGAUGCGAAGUCGCUGGGGCGAAUCCAUGUAGAUCGUCGCGCGCGACAGGCGGACUCUUGGGGCGGACGGGUGGCUGGUGCGAAAUGUAGCUUUGCGAAACACCUUCCGUGCUUCCGCGAAGGGAAGACGGCUGUCGGUUCGUUGAUUCUCUUCUCCGUGUAUCGAGGAGAAUCAACCCCUUUCCCAACCCCCGCGUACACUGGUCUCUCUCUCUACGCGCGCUCGCGCUUCCGUUCGUCGAGUGUGGUGAAGCCCGGAGUGAUAAAAACCCCCCCGAGGUUCGCGUGAAGGUUCUAAUCCGGCGCUGGAACAGAAACGUCGGGGAAAGAAACGUCCGCACGACGACGCUUCCGCGAUGUGCCUGUGAAUUGGAUACUUGGAAAAAGGACUCCUCUUCCCGUCGCGUCAGGAUGACGAAACGCUGCUGCCUACUGCCGGACGCGUUCGACUAGUCGUCACAGUGGAGUUCUGCUUAAUCGCAGCCUCGGGAGGGGGUGGUUCGAUGUUGGUCCCUCCCGUGGCCCAAAGUGGGACCGGGGAUCGUCCCGUGGGGGACACGGUGGCACGGGCUCAGCAGACAACCGGCCCCGCUGCCGCUACGACGACCCUAUGGCCUUUAGCACCUGCGCAGCCCAAUCAGGUUCCCAAUCAACAGUCCCAGGGCAUACCACCUCUGGCCGCUACGCCUGCGCCCGCUCACAAUCAAGGUGCGAACCGCUACGGACUGUACUCGUUAUUCCCAGGGGGUGGCGGGGGCAGUUACCUCGCCGCCACCCCCGCCACCCCCGAGCAACCGAUGCCAGCACGGGCUUAUCACGCGACGCACAAGGAACGGACAAUUUCAGAGAGCGUGUUUUCCGCGGCGGUUGGGGUUGGGGUGGGUGGCUACACCUGGGGCGCUCCCACGCCCCCGCCGGGAUCGCCCUACAGCCCUGUGCCCGUGACACAGCUGGAGCUGCUGGCGAAAAAUUUGGCGAACCUGGCGCCCGCAGCCGCCACAGGCCAGCAAGCCCUGAGCCUGCAGGGUGUCGGCGUUAACGUGGCGGGUAGUUUGCAUCACGCUCAGCAUACGCAGCACACGCAGCACACCCUCAACCUCACCGGAAUUCAUCAUCUGCAUCACGGUGGUCUCCAUCAGAACGCGUUCUCGCCUCAGCUGUCAUUAGUAACCGGCAGCACACCCACGCUGACCAUCAACAGCUUCUCAUCACCCAACUCGACCAUCAACGGCAUCGCGCCGACGACGGGUGUCCUCCUGCAGGAAUAUCAACCGCCGAUAGGCGCAACUGCGGCGGCGACAGGAUGUACCGUCACCGUGAACGGUUCGUCCUGCCUGACCAACACCAGCAGCACGAGCAGCAGCAUGAUGAUGCACGGCGGUAUCGGCGGCGGCUGCGGCGGCGGUGGCAACCAGACGAUCGGCAACCAGAUCGCCGUUCAAGCCACCGCCACGAAGAAACGGGAGGCUUUCCUUUCCAGUCAAGGCCAACCGGUGAAGCUGGAGAACAAAUCGACCAGGGCGUCGUGCCUCUGCAGGAACAGCAACGGAAAGACAAAAGUCGUGCAUUCAGAUAUGGGAUGCAGCAGGACGCUACCUGUCGUCUCGUCCUGGAACGGGCAGGAUAGCGGCGCUGGUAUUAACAAUAGCGGCGCUGGCCUGACCGUGAAAAGGGAACCUUUGGCUUCGGUGCCCUGUCAAGUCGCAGAAGUUUCCACGUCUCUUCAUGCCACCACCACCUCCGUCAAGAUCGAACCCGUUCCGCCAAAGUCCGAGAAUGGGAUAGCCGUCUCUAACGCGGGAGCCGGUGGCAUACCGGUUGGCAUUGCUGUGGCGAGGCAGCGAUUGCAGCAUCAAGAGACUUCGACGUCUAUGCGCAAUGUGUCCUUAAGUCAUCACACGUCGCAUCACGCAACGAGCUAUCAUCAUUUCCAGCCGGACAGCCUGGGUUCCAGCACGGCCAUGGCGGUAGGCGGCACUACCCUGGUGCACUGCGGAGGGCCUGGAGGGGAGGAUCGUGCGGCCCACCUCGCUGCCAUUCCCUCCGGGGCUCUCGCGCCCUCGCUGAGCCUGAAUUCCAGUCUGAAUUCCAGCCUGAAUUCCACCCUGGGCAGCAUCGGUGGCGGACCGGCAGCCGCGGCCGACACAGCCGCCGCUGCUUGGCCGCCCACACUGUGGCAGUAUCCGGCUACGGCGGCCGCAGCGAUGCCAACGGAGCCGGUCGGCUUUCCGCAGAUGGGUUCCGGGCUGCAAGGUGGAUUACAGUUAGUCCGCGAUCCAACGACCGGACACAUUCUCCUUAUUCACGCAGCGGAACAAAUGCAGCAGGCUCUGGUGUGGCCGAAUUACUCGAACCACAACAGUAACGUUGCACCGCCGCCACUCCUAUUGCCGCCGCCUCCACCCUCGAUACAGCUUCUUGGUGAUAUCGGCGGCGCGCGAUUAGUGCUGACUGAGAACAAAAGGAAACAACAAAGCGCGCUGCCGAUAGUAAAGAUCGAGACGGAAUGCAGCAACAGUCCGACAACCAUAAUCACGUCCACCGAAUCGUCGAAGACCGCCUUGCAAAGCAUGACGUCCAUGACAGGCGCUCUGGUACCGGACGCAGCCCUGGUUACCACGCUGCAUUAUUACCCUCAAGCGCCGGCGCUGGUGCAAAUCAGCCAGGCCGAGCCUACCACCACGCACUGUAGGUCACAGGCCACGUCGCCGGUCUCGUGUCUGACACCACCCCCGGAAAUACCGGCGACGAUUCAUGCGAUCGAGCCAUCGUCAUUCGGGGUUCAGGACGCCUCGAAUCAAACCGACGCGCCCGAGGACACCGAGGAGAAGCAGGAGGCUCUCGUGAAGCAGGAGCAGAACCUGAGUCCCUGCCAGGUCGUGUCUCAAUCUACGGGGACGAAUCUAGCUGCCGCGAAUUUCGAGAUCGUGCCAUCGCCGACGGAGAGGAUCUGCAACGUCGUUCGAAUCACGACGACUACAACUACGGUGAACCCGACGGUAUGCGGCAUCGUAACCAAAGUGGACAAGGCGGAGAAUACGAUCAUCAACAUGGCCGAUUGCGCCAAGUACUCGGCGAAAGAUGGGAAAGGUCACGCGAAGACGAUUGAGCACGAUACUCGCGAUGACGAGGAAGCUUGCAAGGGCGACAAAGUGCCGUCUGUCUGCAGUAGGGGCAGCAGGCUUGGUACUAGGAUCAUCGAGAUCACCGAGGAAAAUUGUGAUAGCUUCCACGAGAACCUGGAGUUCUUCGCAAGGAGAAAAGACGUAAAUCAACGUGAUCAUCGAGAUGAUUAUUCCAAGGACGAGGAGAAGUCUCUUGCGCAAGAAGCCAACACUCAUGAAAAGGAGGCCGAAUCGAAGAUCAUCGAUGCUUCGGAGAACAUUGAAAUUCAUCGUCAAACAUGCUCCAAAAUAUCAGAACCGCCGAUCGUCAAUGAGACGAAGUCAAACGUAGCCGAUUCGACGGAGUCGCCGAGAGUCAAUUGCGAGAGUUGCGACAAGAACCGAAAUACCUCGAGCGGCGAAACCCGGCCUCAGAUCACGGUUAAGUCUUUCGACAUGCCUAAUAUCGAUUGCGACGAUCAGGAAGUGCAACAAGUAGCUAUCAAGCAAGAGGCCGACGACAGCUGUUACGAGGUGUGCUACGAUUCGUCUCAGUGCGAGCCAACGUCCACUAGCGAGAGAUCCAGAUCCAGUUGCGAGAAAGCGUCGCAGGAAGCAACGAAGAGACACUCGGUGGAGAAGACUCACCAUCCGGGCAUCGAGAACGUGGUGGAGAAACUGAAGAAAAAUGCGGCGGCUUUGCAGGAAGCCGCGCUACCUAACACCCAUCAAAAAAUCGAGGAGUCCAUGGAAAGAUCGAAUGUAGAGAUUGUUAAGCCGCGGAGGUACUCCGAAACGAUACCGAAAAAGUUGCAUCUUCUAAGAUCAUGCCAGAACUCUCUGGACAGUAGCACAAUCGACACAGAGAUCUCUUCCUCGCAAACCGCGAUGUCGGAGCAGCAUAUCAGAGAUCAAUCGGGACGACACUCGCUUCAAAACAACAGGCAUUUGACCACUAGCGACACGUCCGGCAAGUGCCCGCUUAACGAGAAUAAUAACGACAGCAGGAGCAACAACAAUAACAUCAAGGCGUUCGAGGAUAAAAAAUUGCUAGCAAAAAAUGAGAAGAAUGAUAUUACCGUCUACGUUAAGCCUAAGACUGUCUGGCGGUGCGAGGUGCAGCCAUUCGGGAAACCCAAUGUGACUCGUAAAUCCGAUCACAUUGAAGACGUGUCUUCGGAGACGAUAUCCAGGGUACAGAAGCAAAAGCCAGCCAUUGAUGUGAGUGGUCUCGAAUUGCUGUCAAACAGCAUCGAACAGUUGGAGCAACGAGUCGGCCAGCCGGAGCAUCAACAAGUAGACACGGACGUCGAGAAGUCGCCUGUUAAAACCAAACUGAUAAGUCAGCAGAGUGAGAAUAAUAAUAAUAACGUCGGCAGCCCUCUCGGCUUGCUCUGCGCCCUGGCCGAACAGAUUAUGGAGGUGGGCGACAAGGUUCCCCGGAAAUUAAACCUCGAAAGUUCGGAAGAGAUCUCGCACGCCGGUAGAUUACUGCUGAAUCUGGGCAGAAGCGGCUCUCUCGAGAAAGACGAAAGCAAAAGAAAGUAUAUUGAGACUGACGAUCACCGUUCCAAGCGAUUCAAAAUCAACAAUCACGAAGAGGAAACUAAGAAUGCAUCGCUGAAUUAUUACGAGAAAGAUAUCGAAGAAAGGACAACGGAAGUUAACGAACGAACACAGGAGAGUGCUCUGAAAUCGAAAGAAAGUACUAAGAAUAUCGAUAAUUUCUCUGAGGAGAAAACUAAUAAGAUCACUGAUGAAAAAACUAUCGACUCGGAAGAACAAUCUCUCAAUAGAGCCGAUGAAGGUUAUUAUUUCAGUACAAAGGCCGCUAAAAAUCUCCAAGUUCUCUCGGAUACAACACCUAAUAAUUUACAAAGUGAUGACGCGCUUUACGAUAAGAUCGCGAGAGAGGACAACCUGACGGAUUCGGAGGGUGAAAUAUUCGAAUCGAAGGUCCUGUCUGAACAGUUAACGAGCUGUGAAAUUAGAAAUAACAAGCGUAAACUAUCCGUCGACGAGAGAGACCCUCACGACUACAAAAACGCUCGAACAAAGUUAGAGGCGAAGAAGUUCAUAGCCAAGAAAGGAAAUUGCGAUAACGAGGACGACUGGCCGAGCAUGAACGCUACGGAACUUGACAUGAGAGUCAGGAUGGCCGACAUUCAAAGACAAUACAGAGAAAAACAGAAGGAGCUUUCCAAGUUGGUUCCGAAGAAAGAUGACAAGAAGAUCUCUGGCAGACCGCGGAAAAAGAGUCAUUCUUCCACUAGUUCUGAUCACGGGCCAUUAUCAUCGCCACCCGCGUUCGAUCUUAUGACCUCUCCGUCGCGAAAGUCGCCCUCGAGAUCACCAAGAUCACCGGAACCUGAUAACGCACCCUCGCCGUUAGCUUCAACUGUUCUGACCAUGCCGAGGUGCAACGUGAAUCUCGUGAAACUUGGCGAGCCCAGAAGUCAUAUAAAACUUUUAGACAGUAUACCCAGUAUUCCGAUACCAGUACAGCCGGUGACGUCGCCGAUCCCAGUGUUACCUGGCUCCAGCAAAGCAACACCAGAGGAUGAUGAGAAAAGCACAGGAACGCUGGGAUACGACACGUCGUCACCAGCACCGACUGUCACAGGCUCGACUUCUGCUUCCAAGAAGAGGAAAGUGGGACGACCGCGAAAACUCACGUGCACUUCGGGCAGCGUCAGACACUUGACGGAGACAAUUGUGGCUAAGAAACCUAAGAGCAAGAGUUCUCUAGUGGGUUACGUAUUAUCUUCAAAGAACAGACACUUACAAACGAAGCAAUGCAUAAAUAAUAAAACCGGCUAUACCCCGUUGCCAUUCAAAUCAAGAAUCUCUUCCCCGAAGCCACAAGCUAAGGUGCAAAAAGUUACAAAAAUGAAGGCAAAGCCAGCAAAGCAAACUCCGCUGCACAACAAAAACGUGAUCAGCUCGAUUAUCGCCGAAAAAGCAAAGCUAAGUCAGGAGGUGAAGCUUGAGAAGCAUAGCGGUAAAAUAAAACCGAAACUGAAAGCAGAGGUAAAGAUGAAAAAUUGGGAGGAUGACGAAACCGACACGAUACAACCCGAAAACGUUCCGCCUAAAGAAGCCGUAGUUCAACAACCUGUCAAGGAGACGUCGAUCGAAUCUGCAGAACAGUCGGAAAAGGAACUGGAAAGAUCAUGGCAUGAGAAGUCGAAGAAGAAGAAACGGAAAUCUAGUUCGUCGCAGUCGCCGAAUCGUGAUAAGAAGGAGUCUAAGCGGCGUAAAUCCCUGGAGUGUAAACAAUGCGCCAAGGCAGCCGCCGCGAAGACUUCCGAGAGCAUUGUCAAUCGGUGCAAGCUGACGUCCGCACAUCUGGCCAUCGAUCAGCUGCGAGUUCUCAUGGCGAUAGGCGGUCUCUUCUACGCGGGCAGGCUGAGCGCCGUGCAAGCGCCCGACGUUUACGCUAUUACGCUGGACGGCGAACGCGGUAACAGACCGCAUAUUCAUUCCAGGGAGGAGAUCCUGAAAGAUGCGAUUGUAGAGGUAUGUCCGACUUCGACGAAAGAGCUACCACCCGGUACAAGGCUAUGCGCGUAUUGGAGCCAACAGUACAGAUGCUUGUACCCGGGCACUUCUGUGAAACCUAUGAUACCUGAUCCGCAACAUGACGAGAAAUUCGUCACCGUGGAGUUCGACGAUGGGGACAGCGGUUUAAUCGUCUUGGAUGACAUCAGACUUUUACAGCCUAAUUAUCCUGUCGUUGUGUACGAUCCGAAUCCUCUACUCUCACUGGGCAAACGACGACGACAAACGUCAACUUCGGAAGACAAGCGUUCAACGUGCAAUCAGAGCGUUCCAUUGAACGGUCAAAGCGUUCCGUCGACGUCCCGGAGUGCGACGGCUAGCAACAACAGCUUCGCCACAUGUCCCUACGUUUCUAACGUAGAAUUGACAAACGGCAACGAAUGCGCCGAGGCGGAGACCGAAACGAAUGUCGACACGAGCAGUACGAGCGGCACGGAGUACAACAAAAAGAAGCACAUGAAGAAAAUAAAAAAGAAUAGGAAGCUACUCGAGGCUCAAGAGGGCAAGAAGAAACACAGAAAGCAUAGGUCCUGUAAAGAGCAUCGAAGGCAUAAGCACAGAAAACAUCGAAAGCAUAAACACAGACAUCAUGGUAGCAUUGGCGACGCGAAUAGCAUAAGCAAUCGAGAGAACAGCUGGGAGCAGAGGAAUGAGGAAGAAACAGAUUUUCCGAAUACAAGUUUCUCCGCUAUCGAGGAGACAAGGUUGUCCGAAGAAGAUGAUGAAACUGAAGAAUCAUUAAUAACUACUCAGAAAGACAACGAAGCUCAAGUGGAGCUUGAAGAACCAUUAGAACCAGUUCAAAAAGAUGACGAUGUUCAGAUGAUAUCAGAACCGUCGGAGCCCGUUCAACAGACUCAACCAGAACCUGAGAAAGAAGAACCUGUUCAGCAGACCCAGAUAGAGUCCGAACCAUUAAAACCCGAAAUUAGCGAUGAGACUCAGAUGGAAUCUGAAGAAAUCUCAGAAGAGGUCCAGGCAAACGACGAGGAGCCGGAGGAACCGACGAUAGAACCAGUCGCGAAGAAGUUGAAGACACAGCCGAAGGCAUCGACGAGCCGCGCCUCGACGAACCGUGCCGCGGCUAAUCGCGGCACUUUGAACCAAGCUUCAACGGUUUCGGCAGUUCGCGGUACGAAUCGCGCCUCGGUGAAUCGCGCUUCGACGAAUCGCACAACGACGAAUCGCGCCUUGACGAGACACGCUUCGACGGUAAACAACACCUCGACGAGUUCUGGCACAACGACGAGUCGCGCCUCGAAGAAUCGCGCCGCCAACCCGACAACUGUGGCCACCAACCCGUCGAAUCCCGUCGAGACACCCAGUCCGAUAGCGCGCAUGUUGCCUAACAAACGCCACUGGAAAUGGGCGAGCAGUAGUCGUGUAUCUGGCGGAAAUCAAUAUUUCACCGCUAUACGACGCGGCAGAGAAACGAUAAACAUAGGCGACAGCGUAUUGUUUUAUUCCUAUCGAAAACCUCACGAGAAGCCUUACAUCGGCAAGAUUGUGUCGUUGUGGCUGAACCAGAAAUUAGAGAUGAGAGUCAGAUCCCAAUGGUUCUACCGUCCCGAGGAGCUACAACCGCCUUGCAGCCUAAACCCUCCGGGCGGCCUGUUUGAAUCGAAGCACAGCGAUUCGAACGACGUGCAAACGAUUUCCCACAAAGUAAUGGUGCUACCACUUGAAGAUUAUAAUAAGAUAUUGCAAGCGUCGCACAGACAUCAAAAGGGUUACGAGGACAACGAUCCUUAUUACUACUACGCCGGCUUUUAUACGCAUCCAACGGUAACUUAUGCACCCGGCGUUACGGCUGUUCUAAAUGAAUGAGAACAGCUUAAGCUGACGAUUAAGUUAGCCGGAAUUACUUAAUCGCGGUCAGCUAAACACAACUCUGCGAAAUUUUCGAUGCGACAACCGUUUAAAAUGAACGGCUCUCUUUUAUUGCGGAGGAAGACAAACUCUUGGAAGCUUAUAGCCAAUAUGCUGAUAGAAACGUAGGCGAUACGUUACACGCAAGAGAUGAAAUUAUUUCUCCACAUACGUCCUUAUAUAUUAUUGCGAGAGCGUUGCUCAUUAAGUCUACAAGGCACAAGCAUUACUUCAUUCGCGAAAUACUUAACAAAACGAUUGUUCUUCAGAACACAAAACUUAUUUACCAUCUGACGGUUAAAUUUAUUUUACCAGACUCGAAGGGUCUUAAUUUCUUCAUUGAUUAAUAAUAGCAUUAUUUCAUCUAUUUUUUCCGUCGCAUUUCUUAUGCAAUAUGAAAAUGUCUUUUCGUCGUAUACAUGACAUACGAUUAAAUAUUUCAUCGAUCUACUUAAGAUCGUUAAAAAAAUUCAAAAGAGCAUAUUGUCCUUAAACGCGCACGCGACCUAAAAUGGUGUAGAUUGGCGAAUGCAGGCUUCGUAGCCUGCAACUUUUAAAACUCCAUAACAGGCAAUACUUGUGCCUUGUUCAAAAAUUCCUCCCAUUGAAAUGCGAUCCGACUGCCGUUCGGUUUCUGUGAAUUUCCGAAUUGUAAUUACGCUUACAUUUUGCUAGCAGGAGAGAAAGAGAGAGAGAGCGAGAGAGAUCGAGAGAAUGAGAGAAUGAGAGAAAGAAAGAGAGAAAGAGAGAAAGAACGAAAAAGAGAUGGAUCGAUGCAAUAAUCACACUAAGUGGCAUUAAACGCAGAAGUGAUCGAUAUAAAAAGUUAUUUGCUGUACAUAUUGUAAAUAUGAAUUUAAGAACGUGUGUCUAACACUUGCGUGCACACACUCGUUGAUGUAAAUCGCGUUACAAAAGCGGUAGAUUCAAGUUUAUACAGCUUAAGUUUUAAGUCGUAAGUUAAUGACCCGAGUAACAAUAACGUUUCGAUAUUUGAAUAACAAAAAAAAAAGGGGAAGUACACACUAUUUUCAUGUUCGGAGAGUCAAAUUUUUUUAACGAAAAAAUCAAUGGAAACAACGUACGAUAAAUAAUGAUAAUGUAACUUGGCUAAAAGACGAGAUGAAGAUAUAUGAAGAUGAUAUUCGAGUCAUUCUUUAUAGGGAUAUACAGCUUUUAGAGAAUUUCACUCGAUUUGUCGUAGUGGAUCGAUAACGAACACGAGCAUGUGUCGUGUUUUUACUUCGCUAAUCGAUAUAUCUUCUAACGCGUUUAUAGAAUAGACAUUUGCAUACCUUGCGAUGCAGUCAGAUGCUUUGACCUGAAAUAUCGCGGAUGUAACGAGCAAUAAAGAAUUAAUCCCAUCAAAGCUCGCAAGAAAAUCAAUUAUUUAAAUAACAGGCUGUACGCUGAGUUUGAGAUAGCGCCCGAGGGAUAGAGAAACCCGCUACAACGAUAGAGAAGUAAAAACGUUAACGCUAAAUUAACUGGAGGAGAGAGAACCAGACGAAUUUUCUUAAUGAAGCUUAACGAGAUGUUAAGAUAUUGAAAUGCAAAUUUACGGUAUGCAUCGGAUAACAUAGCGAUAAGCUUCCGUCGAAACGAUAGUAAAGGUAUAAGUAACCUUUACUUAUAGGGAUUAGGGUGAUUCGACGAUAUCGAUUCGUAUUAGAGCUUAUGUAAAUCUGACUCGCAAGACUCGGGCCUAAAUGAUUGAAAAAUGUACUUACAAAGAGAGCUCGUGAUACGCGACUUAUUGACUCAUUUUAUAGUUUACGAAUAGAGAGCAGAUAAACUUUAAAUAGGUAAGUGAGAAUGCUUGUUGAAUUAUAAAGAAAUAAACCACGAAGUUGCUCCCGCAGACGCGCAACUAUAUUUAACAUAAUCCGAUAACUGUAGAGUAUAAAUGUUAUAUAACUGAACCCGAAGUCGCAUGUCACGUGCUCUUUGUUAAAUAAAAAUACCACACUCGCUUCUUGUACUAUUUUCGCUUAAGUGUCAAUAUGUCAAUUAGCUUGAUAGUAUUUGUUUUUCCCUUUCCCUCUAAUAGAAAGAAAUUCUGAUAUACAGACGUAGUGAUACGAAAUAAGGUGCUAUAUGUCGAAAGAUAAUUUUUUUUUCAUAAAAAUGAAUAUAUUUAAUCGAAGAAAUUCGAAAAAUAUCGUUCCUUUUUGUUUUUUAAUUUUAACAACGAAUCGGAAAAAUUAGUUAAUCCUAAAGGACAGUUUCUUUUAUGACGUCCACUUUUAGGUAUAUUCACGCGCAAUGCGUUACGUUCGGUAAUGAAUGCGGCAAACACCGUUUGCACUUUCAGUAAUUAGAGAUACAUAAUUAUCGUAUCGUUAACGUAUUAACUCUUCUAAUGUUGUGAGAUUUUUUUACGCUGAAGACUAUUGAAAGAGUUGAAUUACGGUCAACAUUUGUGAGGCAAGCUCGCUCCGUUGCGAGAAAGAUACGAAACGAAAAAUAUUCGCUAAAUUAAAAAUAACAAACUAAUAACGUUUGCUAAAACAGAGAGGUGUAUAAAUCUCAAAACAUAAAAUUUAACAUUUGGUCUUUAUGUGUUUGCAGUUAUAUUUACUCGCCCUCGGAGCGUUUGUCAGUUACUUUUGACAAUGGAUGGAUGAGAUUAUUCGUAUGAGAAUAUACAAUCGAGUUUUAGCAGAGUACAAUUCCCUAAUAAUAAUAAUAAUAAUAGAAACGCUUCGAUCGUAGUUUCUCAUCUUCUCCAUUUGCCGGGAUAUUUGGAUUUCGCUGAGGUAGAUUUUCGGGCUGACCGAAACUCUUGAAGACUCUUUUAUAGAUAUAAUUUUUAGAGCAUUUUAUGUGAGAAAAAAGUUUAGUGUUAUAGAGAUAAUAAACGAUCCUUCAGGCAGUCGAUCAAUUUUCCUAAAAAAUAAAAAAGUAAAAAUUUAUACACAAAGUUAACGAAAUUAUAAAUUUUCUUAUCGCGACAGCAUGACAUUUUAAUUGCAUAAGAUUUACAGGAGAUUCAAAAACGCGGCAAAUGAAUAAUAGACGUGGAUUAAUCGACUUCCAGAAGAGAUUCAGUUUUUUUGAAUAAUCAUAACACGACUUCGUCGAAAUUCCGAGAAUGGUCCGGCGAAGUUUUAUCGCAUUUUCUCGAAUAAAACCUGUACAGUACAGAAAGAACAUUUCCGAAAAUCGCUAUAGCGUGUACUAUAAUACUAUAAUAAUACUAGCGUAGAGAGCCCUUCGAAAAUUAAACUGGUAGGAGUGUGAAGUACAAACUGAAGACACAAUAAAUACGCGCGCGAGUGAUACGGAUAAUCGAGAAACCGAAAAAAAGGAUUAAGAGGUACUUAUAUGCGUAAAAUAUGGUAAAUUUGUUUUCUGUGUAAAUAUUAUACCUAAUAGAAUGCUCCGUUGUGUACAUAUGGCGCGCUGAGACUGCGCGGUGUUUCACGCCGUGUCGCUUUUAAAGAUAUUUUUGACGGUCGAAUUUGAUCCAUUGUAUAGAACACACGAUUCAAUCAUGUAGUACGUAAAAAAAAAUAUAAAUACGUGUGUAUAAUA